UUGGACUCCCAGACAGUCAGUGUGAGCUCCAGUGUUUCGGAGAAACCUGGUGGUGGUGGCAAACCACACAAAUGUGAAGCAUGCAACAAAUGUUUCUCCCGUUCCGAUGAGCUCACCAGACAUGCACGUAUUCAUACAGGAGCGAAACCAUUUAAAUGUGUCCAAUGUUCUCGCGAAUUUUCCCGAUCCGACCAUUUGACCACUCAUAUGCGUACACAUACAGGCGAACGACCGUUUGUAUGCGAAGUUUGCGGUCGAUCGUUUGCGCGGUCGGAUGAACGAAAAAGACAUUCAAAGAUCCAUCAGAAAUCACUACACAAGGAUUCUGCCGGUUCAUUAUCAGACAAAGCACAUGCUGACCGGGGAGCGGCGGUAAGCAGCUCUACCGGUUCCAAAACAUCUUCAGGAAACAAACGCAACGCACCAGCUCGCAUCGUUCCUGAUUCACGGUACACUUCCGGC